UCUUCUCUCGACUUGAACACAGUCCACUCUCGUAGCAGCUGCUCGACAAAUCUCAAGCGACCUGCGACAGGCUCAGCUCAGCUUCCAUGGUGGCAAAGAAGGAUCGCCUCCACCUCCACACCGCCCUCUCCUCGGAUCCCCAACGAGUCAUCGCCAAAGAAGGGCCGAGCGACCGCGACCAUCAGCCUUCCGGCGCUCCUUACUCCCGCAUCUCGCGCGAGCAGGAGCAGUCCAUCAUCAUCGCCUCACUGAUCCACGUCGUCUCCGGCCACCCCCCGGAGGUCCCACUUGCCAGCACCUGCGGUGUAUGUGGCAUUGCCGGAUGCCUGGGCUGCGACUUCUUCGUCUCCGCCGCGGAUAACGAGGACGCGACGCCGCCUGCAACCUCGGAGAUCACUGAUGGGAGUGGCGAGAUGCAGGUAAAGAGGAGGAAGAAGAAGAACAAGUACCGAGGCGUGCGACAACGGCCGUGGGGGAAGUGGGCGGCGGAGAUACGGGACCCCAGGCGGGCGGUGCGGAAGUGGCUGGGGACGUUCAACACCGCGGAGGAGGCGGCGCGGGCGUACGACAUGGCCGCCAUCGAGUUCCGUGGUGCGAGGGCCAAGCUCAACUUUCCUUUCCCGGAGCAACCUCCGGCGCUAGGCGGAGACCAGGGGACUAGCCAGUCCACCUCGCUGUCUUCUUCCCAUCAGCCGCAGCAGCAGGGAUUUGGCGCGCAGCAGAAACAGCAAGUCGUAAUGGAUCAUCAAGGUCAGGAACUGAUCGAUCUGUGGGCAGGGAUUCAGGACCUGAUGGCACUGGACGACGAAGAGCUCUACAAUGGUUCUAGCUAGCUAGAGCAAGUCAAAAUUCAUCCGUUUACUAAAAUCAAUGUCACUGAUAUGUCAUAGGAAUCUGGAAUGGUUUUAAUCGUAUUCCGGAUGUAAAAUACUUCAGCUGAUUAUUAUUAUUCUUUUAAGACUCGGAAGAAAUAAAUUGAUCGAUGGAAGGAA